AUGACCUUCCUCACUCUGACGCCUUGGUUGCAUCGUAAUGCGUAUGACGAGGAUGGAAGAGUCUGGUAUGAGGAGUGCAUCUCGGCCAGAUUCAUUCAGCCUGUUGAAGAGGUCGUGAGGGGGGCUUUGAAGAUGCAGAUUGGGACCCCCUCAUCCCCAAGGCUGGCAAGGGGAAGAAGGCCUCGGCCGUGCUUUCUCGACCAAGUACGCCGACCGCGGCCGUACCCAAGGUGGCGGCCCCUCAUCGGCCAAAGUAGCGAUCGUGACUUCAACCGCGGCCCCAACUUCCAAGGCGCCGACUGUGGUGGGGGCGAGAAAAAUUUUGGCGCAUAA